AUGGGUGCAAAGGUUUCCACGAGAAACCGCACUGCUACGGGCAGCCUUUGCGAGUUGACCGUCUUGUCCAAAGAAAAGAAAGGAGACAUGACCAGACCGCUGAACGAAUACUUUAUAAAUUCUUCUCACAACACGUACAUAGAGAGCGGUCACCAGUGGAUCGGUGCGGCGUCGGUGGAAAACUAUGCCUACGCUAUAGUCGGUGUAGGAUGCCGGUGCGUCGAAAUAGACGUGUGGGGAGAUCCGAACCCCGUGGUCAGGCAUAGCCCGGUCUCCAUGAUCAAACCGUACCUGUCUCUACGAGACGUAUUACGCGUCGUGCGAGAAACGGCCUUUGUAAAGUCUCCCUACCCCAUGAUCAUCAGCGUCGAGAAUCACUCGAACGAAAACACGGUGGGCUAUCUAAUCCUGGAGGCGCUUGGCGCAAACUCUAUAUUUAAGCAUCGUCCCGAGUUUGGUCCGGAGUACUUUCCGAACCUGUGCGAUCUAAUAUACACCUUCGUCGUGCGCAGCACCAUUCGCGAUGAGAGCAGCGUGCUCUCCAAGAUCACCUUCCUUCGUAAGGGAUUCAACACCGAGAGUUUCGCCGAAGCGUGUAAAAGACCACCCGCGUACCGCACGGUGAAUCGAGUGUAUCCGUCGCGCAUGGCUUCCUCAAACGUCGACCCCGUCGUCCAUUGGGCCAUGGGCGUUCAGAUGGUGGCGCUCAACGUGCAAAAUAGGGACGCCGCCUUCGCGUACAACGAGGCGCUCUUUAGGUUAAACGGCCAGAGCGGUUACGUGCACUUUAAAACCAAACAGACAAACGGCAAGAGUCGCGUGCGACUUUACCUACUCAAGGGUUAUGGCCUUUCGGUGACAAACAGCAUUGUGUUUGUCCACUUUAAGGACGGCCCCAACGAAAUUCAGGUCAGGAGUAGCAAGCCAGAUUCGUCGCACGAUUGGAAUGAGACUUUCAAGUUUCGUGUGCAAUAUCCGCAUCUAUGCUUUGUAGGAUUUGGAAGGGAACCUGCGACGAUGUACCAUCUCGAGUCGCUAUGCGGGGGUGUUCGCUACGUAGAGCUUCAGAGGGAGGGUAAACUGUUGGUACAUGCCCGAGUCUAUAAAUAA